CAAAGGUAAUAGUGAUGCAUCUCUGGUGGUGAUGUACAGCAUCCCUGCUUAUGAAACUUCCACCCAACCAUACAGCUACUUGUCUUAUGCUUGUGGUUUCUUCAGUCUGGACCAUGAACUGCAGAAAAUAGAUUCUCAGAAAGGAAUUAUAAGACCUGAAGGUUGGGAUAAAAAACCUUUGAAGAUUCAUUUGACAGCUGAUGUUUUGGUUGCCAGGCUAACUGUGGAAGUUUCUACUGAUGAACAAUUCAUACAGGCAACUCUUGGAGAAAUUUUUUCCCUUGAUCAGGAACCUGAAAUAAAUCACAAGGUCUACUCAUUAAAACUUAUUAACGAGAUGGAAGCAGCCGUGAGCUUCAACCUAAUUGUCAGUUCCCCUUUCUGCUUCUUGGACACAGACAUUUAUACGGCCUUCCAUGAAACGACACAGAUGCUUUCAAAACUCUUCAUGCUUGCACCACAGGGUGUCCUCUUUCUAAAAGUUGGAUUCCUGAUGAGUAAGAAACUGGUGCAACAUUGGCAUCAAAUAGAAUCGAAAUUGAUUUCUGAAUCUCAAGAAAGUGAAAGGGAUUUCAAAGACACGCAGAUCUCUCUGGAGACCAUUGACGGGCAGAAAUGGUUGUAUUUCCAGCAUUUCCUCAAGAUAGAAUUUGGUAACUUAUCAGUGCAGAAAGUUCCUGUAAAUGCAAGAAUUGCUCUCCCAGAAGUGGAAGUCUCUACAGAUUUCAUUGAAUUCCAGACAUGUUGUCUUGGUCAACAGAGAUCCAAAGAAGUCACAAUCACUAAUGUUUCACUCUCAAGGAGUUAUCUUAUUAUUUCUUCAGAGAUUAUGUGCUCCUGCUGUGAUUCCGAUGUAUUUCUGGUGCAGCCGACCAAGAUCCAGCUAGAAAGUUACACCUGUAAUACUAACAAAUACAAGGCAAUAGUCACUGUGACCUUCAAACCACGAAAAACUGGGCUUCACCACUGUGUGCUGACUUUAAAUGGAGUGAUGGGAGAAAAACCUAGAACAAUUGACUUGGAUGGUAUCGGUAGCCAUGAUGAGAGACAUCUUAUUUUGAGCGAAAACAGAUAGUGACUGCGAUCGAAAUGGGAAAUGUUUUGAAGAGGAUUUUAUUGGGAGUUUAUCAACAGGGAUUUUGUGUAAAAGGUUUGAUGGGAAAAUUUUUUUGCAUGGAGUAUUUAGACGUAUUUGAAAUGUGUCUUUUGGUAAAAAACUUUGCAGAAAUUGUUGAAAAGGAUAUUUUUAAAAACAAUGCUCUACAAAGAAACUUUUGAACAAUGAAAAAAAAUAUAUAAUUCAAAAGAUUGUAAUUGUUUGCAUAUAAAAAAUUGUUAACGUU